AUGUCGGCGACCAUGAGGAAGAUAUUCUGCUGUAAGUCUGAUGACCCCACGCAGCCCAAGAAACACAAAUCGAAGAGGCCCGCCAAUACGGCCUUCAAACAGCAGCGACUGAAGGCAUGCCAGCCCAUUCUCACCCCCAUCCCGGUCAUCAUCACCUUCCUCGUGAUUGGAAUCAUCUUCGUCCCCGUUGGCGUGGUGAUGCUCAUCUCUUCCAACAACGUGGUAGAAGUGGAGACUCGCUACGACGAUAACUGCCAGAUCGGAGAGAUCUGCACCGUCACGCUCGACAUCAAGGAAAAGAUGGAAGAGCCAGUCUACCUCUACUACAAGCUCACCAACUACUACCAGAACCACCGACGCUAUGUCAAGUCCCGAAACGACCAACAGCUGCGCGGCAACAAGGUUACCAGCAAGUCUGACAUCGAGGACUGUGACCCGGUGAAAUCCCUGGACGGCUCCUCCGACAAGAACAACUUCUUCCUGCCCUGCGGUCUCAUCGCCAAGAGCUACUUCAACGAUACAUUCGCCCUCAGGUAUCCCAACAACAAGUUGGUGCCGCUCAAGAAGAAGGGCAUCGCGUGGAGCUCCGAUCUCGACCAUAAGUUCAAGAACCCUGGAUCCGACGUUCCCGGCAUCCGAGUGAUCUCCGAUUUCGAGGACGAGGACUUUGUCGUGUGGAUGCGUACCGCGGGUCUGCCCACGUUCAAGAAGCUCUACCGCAUCAUCAACACCGACUUGCAGCCGGGCAACUACUCCGUCACCAUUCAGAACAACUACCCCACGGCCAAGUUCGACGGCAAGAAGUACGUCGUGCUCUCGACCGUCAGCUGGCUCGGCGGCAAGAAUCCUUUCCUUGGUAUCGCUUACAUCGUUGUCGGCAGUCUGUGCAUCGGCCUCGGCAUCCUCUUCGGCUUCGUUCACUGCAUCAGGCCCAGGCGCCUCGGAGACAUCACCUACCUCAACUGGAACAAAUAA